AUGGAUGUUAAACCUCGCAUUGUUCUUCGGCCUUUGGAUAAUGAGCUCGAGCGCAUGGUAGCGCUUCACUUGCAACCCCUUUUAGAUGAGUUGGAGAUGCCUCUGAAGGUUUGGCGCAACAUCCAGGCCCUAGCCCUUCCUCUAAUCAAAAGUCGUCUUCGUAUCGACAAGCCAUAUCUUCAACAAGAGCAGGAAAAAGUGUCCAGGAUUUGUGACCUGGUGAUGAAGUCCAUUCAGUUCGAUUGGACCUACGAAGCUGGGUGGCCCGUUGAUGUCUACGUUCGUCGCUACCUCUAUGAGCGUAACCGGAAGGUGUUUCGCUCUGGAAGGCAUCCCCAGCGGUCUGCGCCGCGCCUUGCACCCGCCCAUCAGCCUACCAAUGCGCUUGCCAUACGGCCGCACCGUGCUGCAUCUUCCAAUUUGCAAGCCUUUCUCAGUCAGAAGUUGUCUUUGAACUCAUCUCGGGUCAUUGAGACUUUGCGGGAGCAUGGUCUAUGUGAUGAGACCAGCCUUAGAGCUCUGGUGAGCCUCGGCCGUGAUGAAAUUGAGCGUUUUGUGGACAAGCAUAGUUCCUGCUGGGAUCUCUCCAAAACCGGGGAGUUUCUUCUCGCUCAUGCAUUGUCUACGUACCCUGUUUAA